AUGGCUAGGAUCAGCGCUGUAGUGGCCUUCGUCAUAUGUGGAACGUUUAUCCUUGCACAACUGGUUCACGUCAAAGCAGUCGAGCCCCUCGGCAGUGCCGGUACCGCGCCCAACGCCGCUCGCACCACGACGCCCAACGACUUCUGCCCGCGCCGCAGCUGCAGGAGCAGGGAGCGCGGCGACCUUGGGUUUGACUAUUACCUUUUGGCACGCCAGUGGCUGGGCACAGUCUGCGCGCACGAGGACUGCGUAAACCCGCCAGAGACCUCAGACUUCCAGUUUACCCUCCACGGCCUCUGGCCCGAGUGCCUCAGCCAGGACGUCGCCCCGGACUACCCCCAGUGCUGCGACUCCUCCGCCGCCUUUUCGUAUUCCAAGAUCUCCGACCUCGCGCCGCAGCUCAAGACCGAGUGGCCGAGCUACAAGUCUACAAACGGGUCGGGCUUCUGGCAGCACGAGUGGGCGAAACAUGGGACAUGUGCAAUGGCCAACGGGGGCGUGGCUGACGAGCAUGACUACUUUGCGCGCGCCUUGGAGCUGCACGAGCGCUUCAACAUCGAGGACGCGCUGAGUCAGGAGGGCAUCACCCCCGAUGCAACCCGUGCCUACCCCGGCCGCCAGCUGUACGACGCCCUGCGGCGCCACCUCGGCCACGAGGCCCUCUUCUUCUGCGACGCGCAGGGCAACCUCGGACACGUUGAGACCUGUCUGGACCUGCAGCUGCGCCCCAUGGACUGCCCAGACGCCCCCGACUUUGCCCUCGCGCGCCGCCGCGCCGCCGGCGCCGGCUCCGUCGGGGAGUCAUACCUGAACGCCUGCCGCCGCGACGUGAAGAUCCCGCCCCUCGGCCAGGCGCGCUCCGCUGCCUCCCGCCGCAACAUCGCGCCGCCGCCCGGCCCGGCGCACCCCGCGGCGCGCGGGGCGGCGGCCGCGGCGCGCGGGGUCGGUGUGAAGGCUGGCGAGUGGGCGGCCGGCUGCUGGCAAGGGCUGGCGGUCGCGGCGGCCGCCGCCGUGCUCAUGGCGUGCCUGGCUGCGCUGGGCCGGUGCCCGGACGAGCACAAGGGUGGCGGCCACCAGAGGCCGCUCCUGGCCUGA